GACGAGGUGAUAUUUGUGUUCCAGCGGAUCGCGCUCUCGCCCGACGAGGUGUGCGGCAUGGUGGUGGGCGACGUGUGUGCCACGCCCUUCAACCCGUGGCACGAGUGGACUGUGCCGCUACCCAGCAUACCCAAACCGUACACGCCCACACCCGAGCCAGACCCGGAGGCGCCUACCGCACGUGUUCUGCACAUCUCCGACACUCACUUUGACCCGUACUACAAGGAGGGUACGGAUGCUGACUGCGGCGAGCCACUCUGCUGCAGGGAGACCAGCGGCUACCCGAAGCGGAAGCGGGCGGCGGCCGGCUUCUGGGGCGACUACCGGCGCUGCGACACGCCGCUCAGAACCAUCGAGAACAUGCUGCAGCAGAUCGCGGACGUCCACGGACCGACGCUCGACUACAUCAUCUGGACCGGUGACCUUCCGCCGCACGAUGUCUGGAACCAGACCCGACACGAAAACAUCAACAUCAUCCGCCAGAGCCACCAGCUGCUGCUGAAAUAUUUCCCGCAGACCCCCAUCUUCCCGGCACUGGGUAACCAUGAGGCCGCUCCGGUCAACAGUUUUCCUCCCCCGGAGAUUGGUGGCCGCCACUCGGUCUCCUGGUUGUACGAUGAGCUGGACAAGGAGUGGCGUCGCUGGCUGCCCGAACAGACCUCGGCCACCGUCCGGCGAGGCGCCUUCUACUCUGUGCUCGUCAAACCCGGGUUCCGGAUCGUCUCGCUCAACAUGAACUACUGCAACAACAAAAACUGGUGGUUGCUGUUGAACGCCACCGACCCGGCCCAGGAGCUGAGCUGGCUCAUUUACGAGCUGCAGUCGGCGGAGCUGAAUGACGAGAAGGUGCACAUCCUGGGCCACAUCCCGCCCGGGCACACCGACUGUCUGGCCGUCUGGUCGAAAAACUACUACCGCAUCGUCGAUAGGUACUCCGGCACCAUCGCCGCCCAGUUCUUUGGCCACACUCACUUCGACGAGUACAGCCUGGUGUACCCUGUGGCGGCUCCUAACGGCUCGGAGCCGGGGCCCGUGAACGCCUCGUCAGUCAUGUACAUAGCGCCGAGCAUCACGACUUACGUCAGCCUAAACCCGGGAUACCGGGUGUAUGACGUGGAGCGUGACGGCAACAAGAUGGUGGUGGACCAUGAGACGUGGGUGAUGGACCUGGACAAGGCCAACCGGUUCGGCCGGCCGCACUGGUACCGGCUGUACUCGGCGCGCAAGGCGUUCGGCAUGGCCAGCCUGGCGCCGCACGAGUGGGACCGGCUGGUCCAUCGGAUGGCGCUCGACGAGCGGCUCUUCCAGAAGUACUACCGGUUUUACAUGAAGGCGUCGCCGGUGCGGCCCAAGUGUGACGCCGAGUGUAAGAAGCGGCUGCUGUGUGACAUCGUGUCGGGACGGUCCAACGCCAGACAGUUCACCUGCAAACGGUUGGAGAAGCAGUUCGAGAAGGCGCAGAGCCGCGCCGGCUGGAUGGCCCGGAUGGGCGACUACCUGGGCAUGACGCCGUUUGUGAUCGGUGCGAUCAUGAUCAGUGUACCUCUGCUGUACUUUACCGUCGGAUGAAAAUGCUGGAGUUUUGUAUUGGCCCCGGUGGGAUAGGCGGAUAACAGUCUCUUUCUCGUCGGUGUCGACUCCGGUGCCAACUCUCGUCACCAUCGGACUACAUAGAAUGGAGCUCAAAGAUCAGCGCUGGUGAAAGGCGUGUAUAAAAUCAAUCGAUGCAUAAUUGUAAUCGGUACAGUACGGUGGAACCAAGACCGGUGAACGAAGGCAGCUCACGAAAUAUUCACGGUGGUUUGUAUCCAGUCUCCUGCCGGUUUGAUGCCAUGCUGCGACCGCGCAAAGUUACCAUGUGCAGGAGAGGGCGCUCGGGUCCCGUCCGUGGUUUGGUGCCGACGGGUGAGCGCGAUAACCUAGUCACUGUGAAUGGACUGCGAGUGGAUGUAGGACAGUUUGGGUACGGAGGGAGCCGCGACAGUGGCCCGCGUCUGUCUGGGAAGAGCUGAGGCUGGGGGUGAAACUGUGCAUGCCUGUGACUGGGUAAUAGAGACUGAGUGAGUUCAAAACUGAGACUGCUGUUGCUGAUUGAUCCCACAACUGAGUUUGUGUCUUGAGACCGUCUUUGAGACCGCAGCUGGCACCUGUGGAUCAUUAGACUACUUGCGAAGCAAAGUCUGAAUCUGUAAAUGCGUAUUGAUUUCGACUCGUGUAAUUUGGACUGUGUGAGUUCGAAGAUAAGCCCAAUUGAUGCGUGACUGCGAGGUAGGUAUAUCAGUGUAAAUACUCGUCUGAAAAGAUGGGUGGCGUUUCGGGUUUGCGGUUAUGUGACGAUGUCGUGACUCGUGAGGAAAAGGAAAAUGUUUUAGGAAUUGUGUAAGUCAGCGAGAUUGGCAUUAGGGAAACGCUACCCUUCUUGGGCUAACGUCGUUUUGCAACGAUGCACUGAUGAGUGGAUGCGAGUCGCAUGUAACAUUCCAGUUUUGACAAUGCUCAGCCUAUGUGAGCUGAUUAUUGUAUUAGUUGUGACUCAGCAUUGGUUUGUGUGGACUGGACCGUAGCAUAGUUAUAGGUGACGUGGUGGGACAAGGCACCCCUGUUUUAAUAUAAGAUAAUGUCGACAACGAA